AUGAUCCUCGUUCAAUGUAAAAGGCAAAAUGGAGUUGUACAAGAGUUUCUUGCCUAUUUCAACUCCCGACAGCCACACGCGCUUCGCAGUGGUAGGCUACCCCAGCGCGGUCGCGGGCCGGCCGGGAGCCCCCGCCCAGCCCGGCGCAGCCCUGAGAGGAAGCGACGGGGAGGGCGGGCGGCUAGGGCUCCACCAGGCCCGGCCGGGCGGGGGAAGGGGGACUGGAGGCGGCGGGGCGCGCUUCCGGGGACUGCGCGGGCGGGGCCGCCGCCUCGGGCGCGGGGCCCCAGGUCAGGGGCCGGGGCGAGGGGCUGCCCAGCUGAGAGCAGCAGGUGGGGCGCGACCGCGGUCAGUCGACGGGCCGGAGGCCGGAAAAGUGCCGGCCGGUCAGCGGGCCAGCGGGGCCCGGAGCCGAGGCGGCUGGAGGGAAUGCUCCUGCUCACCUCAAGACGACGACUCCGAAUCCGGCCUCUUCGCGCUGAGGACGCCUGUCCGCGAGUCCGCGAGCUCCGAGACAAGGGCGAGCAGCUCCGUGGGAGACGGCGGGCUAAGGAGAGAACCGACGGAGGACCGCGGGCGGCGGGCGGGGAGCGCGAGCGAACGAGGGCGGGCGGUGGCGGGAGGGCGGGGAGCGACGUGCGCGCCCCCGAGCGCCCUGCGGGCUCGAGCUGGCGCCAGUCGCGGCCCCGCGCACGCGCGCACACUCCCUGUUCAGCCACGAUUGCUCAAGAGUGCAUCCACGCCCUAAAAGCCAGACGCUUAACCAAUCACGGCAGUCGCGUGGAGCAUCACGGGAACUCCGGGGCUAUAAAAGACCGAGUUGCUAUUUUAUACUCACCGAAUCACUCAUCCUCUAAGCCUAACCCCGGAAGACCAUACGCUUGCGCAGUGGAGACUACAGUGACAGUACACCCGGUGGGGCGCUGGCCAGUCAUGGCGGAGCCUUGGGCUGGGCAGUUUCUGCAAGCUUUGCCCGCCACGGUGCUCGGAGCGCUGGGCACCCUGGGCAGCGAGUUUCUGCGGGAGUGGGAGACACAAGAUAUGCGAGUGACUCUCUUCAAGCUUCUCCUGCUUUGGUUGGUGUUAAGUCUCCUGGGCAUCCAGCUGGCGUGGGGGUUCUACGGGAACACAGUGACCGGGUUGUAUCACCGUCCAGAUUCCCACCCUCAGCCUCCUGCAGCUCUGGGUGUGUUCCUGCCUCCAGGUCUGGGUGGCCAGAAUGGAUCCACACCUGAUGGCUCCACACAUUUCCCUUCAUGGGAAAUGGCAGCAAAUGAAGCUCUCAAAACUCACAGAGAAUAAAGGAAGGCAGCAGGAGAAGGGUCUCCAGAGAUAUCGCUGGGUCUGCUGGCUCCUGUGCUGUACCUUGCUGCUAUCCAGACCCCUUAGGCAACUGCAGAGGGCUUGGGGUUGGGGGACUGGAGUACCAUGAUGCUCCCAGGGUGAGCCUCCACUGCCCUCAGCCUUGCCUCCAACAGCGUCAGGUACUGGGCAGGUGAAGUUUGUCUCCAACAAACGGAAAGCCUUCUUGUCAAGGUCAUAGCUGAGAAACAUUUUGGUUGAGGAGGUCAGUAGUCCCUUUUCUCACCUUGGCUUUUUCCUGACUUACUCAUCCCCUUGGGGAUGUGAUCUUAAGAGUAGUUUGUCUUUGUAAGAGAAAUCUUGAGGUUAGCCAGUUCUGAGAUUUAGAAGGAAAGUCCAUUCUCCCAUGGGCCCUGAUUUCCUUGACCUCGCUUUGUAGGCAGAAAGCCAGCUAAUCCUGGCCUGGAUGAGGGCACCAAACCUGUCCCUCCCUGGCCCAUCUAGAAUUGUCCAGGUCUGAGGCAGGCGAGGAAGUUAUCACUUCCCAACGGACUUAUUUCUGUUCUUUUUGAGGACAAGUUGAGUCCCUGAGACAUCUCACUAAGAGCCCCUGGCAUUGGCUAGCUUCUCCACUGUUUCAGUACCCACAGGCUUCUUUGGUCUGUACUCGCCCCCGCCUAGGGAGGUACUAAGCAGUUAGUGCAGUGACUUCAUUGUGCCCUGCUGCCUUAUUACUUCCCAUCUUGAGAAGGGCCUCGCCCUGAGAGUCCACCAGCAUCAUUUUAGCCCCUAGGACUAUCAGUAAGAGUGAGCUGCAAGCCAGAUAGUUGUGGACCCUCCCCCAAGGGGGUGGGUGGCCAAUGUCCCCAUGAAAACACCACAUCCUGAGAGCACUAUGGUUCCUAAGAGCAUUGUGGUCUUGGAUCUGCCUCCUCUAAUGGUUGUACUCCUGUCUCUGCUGGGCUACUAGCUACCUCAGGUGUCCACUGUCUUUGUUAGAUGUCACAUAGCCACCUGGCAGCCAUUGCCUACAGGGACUUUGUAGCAGGUGUACUGUGGGUGAAACUAUGGAGCUCCUCGUGCACAUGUACCUACUCCAGAGAUGUCAUCUGUGUGGCAGAAAGAUGUUCUUCACAGCCUCAUGCCCACCCACUGACAUCACUACAAGAGUCAAGGUCUCACAUUCCACCCCAGGAGCAACUGAAGAUGUGACUUAUUAAACACAGAAGUGCA